AGCACCAUGUCCGCUCGCGAGAUUAAUCAAUUGCAGAAAGAUCUGUCCGAAUUGGAGAACGGCUUAACCGUGUCCGACUCCACGCAGCAGCUAAGAACGGAGCUGACAAAUCUGAGGAACAAGAUACCCGAGUCAGAGAAGAGCCUUCGAGAAAAGCUCUUGGACACGGAACAGAGGAGCAUGCAACUCGAGUCGGACGUCUCCAUUCUGUCGAAACUCACCGCUGACGCGGGCGGCUUCCUCGAUUCCGCUCAGAACGAUCU